GUAGCCAGACGUGGCAGCAGCAGCAGCAAGAGCAGAAUCAGCUCCUGGUUUCUUUCCGCGCGAGCCGGGAGCGGGCAAAGAAGCCAGCAGCGGCGGGCGAUGGCUCCGGGCGCGCGCCUCCUCUUUGCGCCCAGCAAGCGCUUCGGAACCGGGAUGUGGCUGCUGCUGCCUCUGGUCCUUUGGACUAUCUUUCCAGCAUGCCUGUUAUCAACAAAGAUAUCACCUUUAAUAGAAAAAAUCAGUGAUCAGAAGGACUUCAAGAAACUCCUGAGGACGCGGAAUAACGUAUUGGUGCUAUACUCUAAAUCUUCGGCAGCUGCUGACAGUUCACUCAGGUUAUUGUCUGAUGUAGCCCAAGCAGUGAAAGGCCGAGGUACUAUAUCCUGGAUAGAUUGCGGUGAUUCAGAGAGCCGAAAACUAUGCAAGAAAAUGAAAGUCGACCCUAGUUCAAAGGAAAAAGGAGUAGAAUUACUACAUUACAAGGAUGGCACAUUUCAUACUGAAUACACUAGAGCACCCACGUUCAAGUCAAUGGUGGCCUUCCUAAAGGAUCCAGAAGGAGCUCCAUUGUGGGAGGAGGAUCCUGACGCCAAAGAUAUUGUCCAUAUUGACAGUGAAAAGGAACUUAAGAGGCUUUUGAAGAAAGAAGAUAAGCCUGUGCUUCUGAUGUUUUAUGCCCCUUGGUGUGGGGUUUGCAAAAGAAUGAUGCCAUCAUUCCAGCAAGCAUCUACAGAACUGAAGGGCAAGUAUGUAUUUGCAGGAAUGAAUGUCUACUCGGCUGAAUUUGAAAAAAUUAAAGAAGAAUAUAACGUCCGGGGAUACCCAACCAUCUGCUAUUUUGAAAAAGGAAAAUUCCUGUUUAACUUUGAAAACUACAGUGCCACAGCAAAGGACAUAGCAGAAUGGUUACAAAAUCCUCAGCCACCUAAACCACAGGCCCCUGAGACUCCUUGGCCAGAAGAGGAUAACGCGGUUUAUCACCUAACAGAUGAUGACUUUGACAAGUUUAUCAAGGAGCAUUCUUCCGUCUUAGUGAUGUUCUACGCACCAUGGUGUGGGCACUGCAAGAAAAUGAAGCCAGAAUAUGAGAACGCUGCUGAGAUGCUCCAUGCAGACAGUGAGAGACCAGGUGUUCUGGCAGCUGUAGAUGCUACUGUCAACAAAGCUGUAGCAGAAAAAUUUCACAUAUCAGGAUUUCCAACAUUAAAAUAUUUCCAAGAUGGAGAGGAGAAAUAUACUCUGCCACACUUGCGAACAAAGAGUAAAAUUGUUGAAUGGCUUCAAAAUCCUCAGGCACCACCUCCACCUGAACCAACCUGGGAAGAACGGCAAACAAGUGUUACCCAUCUCGCAGGUGAAGACUUCAGGGAAUCUUUGAAGAAAAAGAAGCAUGCACUUGUGAUGUUCUAUGCCCCAUGGUGCCCGCACUGUAAAAACUCCAUCCCACAUUUCACAACAGCUGCAGAACUAUUUAAAGAAGAUCGAAAGAUUGCCUACGCUGCAGUGGACUGCGCCAAAGAACAGAAUCAUGACCUGUGUAAGCAGGAAGGUGUGGAUGGUUACCCGACCUUCAACUACUACAACUAUGGGAAAUUUAUAGAAAAAUAUAAUGGAGACAGAGGGGAAUCUGGAUUUACAACCUUCAUGCGAACCCUCAGAGAACGAGACCAUGAAAGGAUAGGGAAAAGGAAAGACGAGUUGUAAUUUCUGCCUCAAAACACAAUUUCCACUGCACUGUGAAUAAUCUCAGGGGUGGUGGUACAAUGCCUGAGAUUUCACAUCUUUCAAAACAAAACUAAAACUUUGUUUUUAUAAGCAGCCAUUGCCAUUUUGUACAAUUUUGAAAUAAAGUGAGAUCAUUUGAUUUUUCAAGAAAAAAAUAAAUGACAUCGUUGUUGCCAUAUUCUGUUCUGAAGGAGAGGAAGAAGAAAGAAGAGCAUUUUCUCGCCAUUUUGAUGCACCUAUGCCCAUUGAUAUUCCUAUGCAAUCUUUUUGUAAUCUGUAGGUUUGGUAGUGAUUUCCUCUGACAAGGUAAUUUCUGCAUUUUUAGUUUUUGAAGACUAUUAUAUGAGAAAUGGCUUUUAAAAAUGGGAGGGGGGGAGGUUAAGGGAAAAUGCAAAGGAUCCAUCAGCAACCGGUUCCAUUAAAAUGAGUGGAAGCUAACUGCAGCCACAGUGGACCACACACAGCCUCUUCAGUCGCAGUCACGAGGGUGUAAGUGCACGGCACUCCAUUGAGGAGCCAGGUGUGAUAAAGUGCACUUUAGAGCCCGGGCAAAUGCCAGCCUGCACUAACCCUCCUGUUCUGUGAUGGGGAUGUAAUCUUUGCAAGGACAAGGCAGGGUGCAUGCAGUCCAAUGCGCAGAUUUGCUACCGUCAACGAAUCAUGCAACAAAGAGGAAGAUAUCUCUUCCCAGCCCACAUACUUCUAGUUGUGUUUGGCAGUGCCAAACUGGUAGCAUGACUAGUUGCAAAAUGAUACACUGUGUGUGUAUUUUUUAAAAAGCAAGAUUUGGGGACUGAUUUUUAAGGUGCUCAGGGAUAAUAGGGAAAUAAUGAAGCAGCAUUGGCCAUGUUGGAUCUUAAUUAACGGUAGUGGUGUCUUUUCUUUAUUUUAUAUUUUCUUUUUGCGGGGAAUAAUCUACCGUACCUGAACUGUUUACAUAUCUUUAUAGAAUGUAUGGGUUAUUUCAAACAAAUGUCUCUGCAAUCAGCACAUCUUAAGCACCAAAAUGACUCUCUCAGUGUAUUGUGUUUGCAUUCAUGUUGUCAAAUGCUCCUUUAAGGAUAGGAGUGGUGUAAUGCAGGUGUAAAAGUUCUCCUCAAUUUAUGAUCCCACAGUAUGAACAGCGUAGUUGCUCAGCGUUCCAUUUGUAUGUUCAGCAGAGACCCUGGUAUUUUUGAUAUGAAGAAGCAUCAUGCAACAAUACUUGUUUAUGUUCCAAAGGCUCGUCUGUGCGUGUUAAGUACAAACAAGAGUACUUUUCUUUCCUUUUUUUCCUUAGAGUUCUAUAGAAGCAGACUGUCUUUUUACAAAUGUUUAGCCCUGUCAGCGAUAGAAGAAAAUCCAGCAUUACUAGAAGUAGCUUUUACAAGUCUGUAACUGUGUGCUGAUUCUGUGAGAUUAGGGUGAUCUGGACAUUGUGUCUUCAUGGGGUUAAUGAUAUUUUUUUGUGACUUCCACUUUGAUCAAAGAGAAUUAAACAAUUGAAAAUGA